AUGGGUUUUGUCACUGACUUCUUUACUUAUGAAACAACCAAAUCAGUGGUGGUUAAAAGCUGGACUAUUGGAAUCAUCAACAGAGCAGUGCAGCUCCUAAUUAUAACCUAUUUUGUAUGCUGGGUUUUUCUCCAUGAGAAAGCUUACCAGAUCCGGGACUCCUCAAUCGAGUCUUCUGUUAUGACAAAAGUAAAAGGCAUUGGGCGCUACAGUAAAAGAGUGAUGGAUGUUGCAGACUAUGUCAUUCCACCACAGGGCUCUUCUGUGUUCGUCAUUCUAACAAAACUUAUAACAACUCCGGAUCAGGUGCAAGACCAUUGUCCAGAGAGUGAUGAGAAGUACAGGUGCACCACAGACAGCAAGUGUACAAGAAACAGGCCGACAUCCAAUGGUUUUCUCACUGGGAGAUGUGUCAGUUCAUUUUGCCAGAUUCAAGGCUGGUGCCCGACAGAAAAUGACACUGUUCAGAUGCCUCUGUUGAUGGAAGCUGAAAACUUCACAAUCUUUGUCAAGAACAGUGUACGAUUUCCCCUUUUUGAAUUUGAAAAGGGGAACCUGCCAAACAGUCUCAGAUGUCUCCACCAUCCAGAAAAGGAUGCUUUCUGUCCAAUCUUUAGACUAGGAGAUAUUGUGAAAUUUGCAGGUCAAAACUUCACUACAUUGGCUGACAAGGGAGGAGUACUGAGUAUUAAGAUCGGCUGGAUGUGUGACCUGGACAAGUCCUGGGAGCUUUGUAUUCCUCAGUACAGUUUUACCAGACUGGAUAGUGUAUCAGAAAAAAACAAUGUGUCACAAGGCUACAAUUUCAGGUUUGCUCGAUACUACAUGGGUGCAGAUGGCAGAGAGUUUCGAACGCUUAUCAAGGCCUUUGGCAUUAGAAUUGAUGUCCUUGUAUAUGGCAAUGCAGGGAAGUUUAAUAUCAUUCCAACGCUCAUCAAUAUUGUGGCAGCCUUUACAUCUGUGGGUGUGGGCACGGUGCUUUGUGAUAUCAUUUUACUGAACUUCCUGAAAGGAGCGGAUCAGUACAAAGCAAAGAAGUUUGAGGAGAUUUCUGAUUCCACCCCACCCUUUGGGAGCCACCUUUUCAAAAGUGACCAGGCACUAACCGGUCGAGGAGAUGAGAAGAGGUCCACAGAUUCUGGGGCCUUUUGCAUAGGGUUAUAGACUUUGGCCUCACUCUUUUGCUGUUCUUACCCUAUCUUAACCACUUUAUGUAUAUAGAUCAAACUAUCCUACACUUCUGCUUAAUAUAUC